AGAGUCAGAAAACAACAGAGAGGCGAGAGGGGCAGCUUUGUGUCUGAGCUGAAGCUAUGAAGGGAGCAGAGCGGCUGAAUGAGAUGUGAGAAGAGGAGGAAGUUUAUCAUCAACACUGUGCGUGACAGAAGGUGAGACGGAUGGUUUGGUUGUGGAGCUACUUUAAAGUAUGAAGACAGAUAAGAAGUUUUGUUGUUGUUGUUUUGAUUUAGAGAUCUGCAUGACUGUUACCUUGUAAAGCUCAAAAAUGUAGUUUGAUUUAGAGCAGAGAGUGUAUUUUUCUAGCUACAAAGUACAUCUGCAUCUUUUCCUAUUCACAGGACAAAAUGUUUCACAACAGAAGCAAAUCUCACUCUUAUCCUUCCCUCACCUAAACUGCACUUUUCAUUGAAUUUCUAAUCCUUCACACAGUUUUCCUCACAGCUACACGAGUUUCACUCUAGAAUUUAAUCCUAUCAUCAUUAUUUACAGACUAACUUCCUUUUUUUUUGCCUUUUUUCUGAUUACAUUCUGGUGUAAAGUCUUUCCCAACAGGGUUAGGAGAAAGUAGUUACAACUCUGAUAAAGAAUGCUCAACAGCAAGCUGGAACAUGCAGUUCACGUAGUCACUGCUGCAGUCAGAAAUGAGCAAGAACGUCUCUUUGUAUCUGCAGGGUCGGAAGUAGAUGAGCUUCGGUAGUGGACAACCAGGAGAUAAAUCACAUCAAUGAAGACACUUGGCAUGGCUGUGUUCAAGCAACAGAAUGUGGAGGAUUUCUAUGAAAUGGGUGAACCUCUAGGAAGGUAAGUGUCUUUAAAAGUUGUUCAUGAGAGCAGGAUCCCCAUCACUUUGUGUGAGUCAGGGUGUGAGUCAGCAUGGCAUUGACAUAAUGGUCCUUAUGUGCUCCUCAGUAUGCAAACAUCUGGCCUGUUAAAGCAUGAAACGGGGAGUGUCCCCGAGUUAAAGUAGGCUGAAGUUUAUAGCAAGAGAUAAAAAAUUCAAAGGCAAACGCACUCAAAGAAAACAGACUCUGUUUGGGCACGACAUGUUCAACCCAGGAGGGAGACUCGGGUUUGAUUUACUGCUUUAGCGCUGGCUGAUCAGGGUGGUAUCAAUGUGUUGAAGUUUUUCAGUGCAGAUAUCAAGGAAACUGGGUCCCAAUGGGGAAAUAAAUCAAGGAAGUCGGCUGGGUUCAAUACGGUUUGAGGAAGCUGCAAAUCCAUUCUGCUCAGAUGGCAAGAAAGGGCACGAGCGCCACUCGCCAACGGAUUGAGGGUGUGAGAGGAAAGCGUGUGACCUCUGACCUUUCAUGAUCGGUUAGAAUAUACAGUGUGUCGAAAGAUUUAUUGUACAUCUCAUUUGACACACCCUGACUGGACAAACCAGUGGUGUUGAUAUAUGAGCUCCAGCUGCAUUUAUAUAUGAGCUCUGAGGGAGGCUGCAGCUCACAGGAUUCACACUUUGAUCACAUUUUUUUGUAUCAAGAGGAAUCCUUUAUUUGCCUUGUUAAAAUACCAUAAUACUCUCUUUGGAGUAGUUAAUAUUUAUAGUCUUUUUUUGUUUGUUUGCUGGUAUGACUCCCUCUCUGCGACCAUUCAUCUCCACCCUCUCAUCCCCAUAUUUUCUCUCUUUUACCUGUUCUGUCAACGCAGGAAAAGGCCACAAAAACAAAUCUUAACACCUCAAUAUCAUUUAUGAACGUGGAUCAUUUUCCACCUAAAUGAUUCAAGACAAAUCAAGAGUGUUUCUUAUUAGUAAUUAUUUGGGAAUGAGUGGAUUGAACUUUGCUAAAGGGUUGGGGUAAGGUGAGGAAAGAUGGGGGAUAGUUGUAGGACAGGAUGAUUGAGGUCAAGGUAGUCUGAACUGUGAGGAACUUAUGGAUGAGAGAGGGGAUAUCAAGACUCAGGGUAGGGGCAUGUCUCAGCUUCUGGCUGUGUUGAUGUUUCAGGCUAUGAGGAAGGAGAACUGAGAACAGGAGAGGCGAUGUAGUUUUUUAUAUGCUCUCAGAGUUGACUGAAUGAGAUGUUCAGAUGCAGAUUCAGAUAAAGUCAGUUUCAGGGUCCUGUUCCUGCUCGUAUGUUAUGACUAGUUUAUAAAGCCAGCUAAGAACUUGUAGAUAAUCAAAGCUGCUGUAAAGAACUUUUAGUUUGUGUUGAUUUUUUUUCAUUAUUUCUUUGCUGAUCCUGUCAAGUACAUGCUGAAGAAACUUGUUUGAUGAAAAAACUCUUUGCUUUCUUUGAGCCGUCAAACUUUGCUCACUGUAUAUCUAAGCCUUGAGAAACGUAAACAAAGUCUGUGUCUGUAGCAUGCGGUUAAUUGCUUGUCUUAAAGCUCUUGUGAGGACUUUUUGACAUUUAUGCAAUGGACUGAAAAUCAUAUUGAUGUUCUUUUAUGAUAUACAGAAGCAAACUACAUCAUCUGUGACAAGAUUGGUAUUUUAAACUGAAGUCUUUAAUGCCUGAAACCAGUGUGAGAGGGUAGCUGUCAGUCGAGUAGCUGAAGAAACAGCCCUGUUUUGGGUUGUUGUUGUUGUUGUUUUUUUACAUCAAAUAUUCACAGUAAAUGAUCAAGUCCAAAGACAUUACUUAUACAUGCAGAGGACAACACAGCUUUAAGGGGUCACCAAAAUUGGCACAAACUGGAAUUUUCUCACAGGAGGUUGAAAUAAAGCAGGUGGCGAUGUUACAGGCAUUAAUAAAAAUAUCAAAUAUAAGGAGUCAGUGUUAUUGCUGAUGAGCCUUAUCUUUAAAAAAACAAAAGGAUCAGUGUUAUUCACCCUAAUUCAUAACUGUGUGAAAUCUCCCUGCAGGAGCUUUGAAAGUUUCAUUGAACAAAACAGUUUUGGGUUUAUUUUGUUUAGACAGCAGCAUCUGUUCAUGAAAAGUGGAGAAAUUUAAUGCACACAUGGGUUGAGCUUCCUGCAUAUUAAACGCCUCUGUCAUGACGAAAAAAGAAACUUUACAUUCUGUGGUUAAAAGCCGCAUCUGAAAGAGGAAGUGCUCACAGUCACAGAAGCUGUGUGAGAAUUCAGUCACUAAUUCAGCAGCUGGAGUUCGUGUAAGGCUUGUGUUCUGUUUGUAACCACUCUGGGCUUUGUUUGUGUGUUGUUGUGGAGGUUGCAGCCCACUCCGCCCACAUUAUUGGGAGCAUCAUGGGUUCUGACCUCUCUGUUGAGCGCCACAGUGGAGCGGGUUACUCAAUCAUCCUCUCAGGAGGGUGGGGAAAUUUAAGAAGGGGGUCCAAAAACCAAUCUGAGUGGAGAUUUGAAGACACGCUUUGCUCUUUGGAAGUGAUGAGACAUUCAUUACUGGAAAGUCGAUUCAUCAUAAUGUCCACCCAUCAUCAGAUUUUAAUGUCAAGGACCCCACACGGCUGUACAUGAUGUUCCUUUCCAUUAGUGAUGGAGACUUUAUGGUAAACCUAUACAUCGAACCCUUUACUCGUAACGUGAGACAUUUAAUGACGACUGUACCAGUCUUAUAUCUUAGCGAUGACACUCUUAAUGGCAUACAGUAGGAAGUGUGAGCCAACAGCUGCUACCCCUAUACCAGCUAGACUGUUACACAAGUGCCAGUCAAGACAAGGCUGAAGAAAGCACUUCCUCUACCUGUCAACAUCCUUUUUUUUGUCCAUAUUUGGACAUGUACACCUUUCAUACUGCUUUUCCAGAUGCUGCUGAAUCACUGGCUAUAAUUGAGAAGAACGCCAUCUUUUUUAGUCAUUAUCAAGGAAAAACAAACUUCACAGGAUGCACAAGUUGGACAGGAAGUGCCAUUGUCUUUAAACACCAGAACAAAACUAAAAGGCAUGUGGGCCUCUUACUUUGACAAUUUUGGCUAACAACGUCAUAGCGGUAAUUAAUCCUGAAAGCUUGUAGGUAGUGGCGUUUUAAGCUUAUCUUGCUGAUGAAGUUAGGUGCUGCUCUGAGCAUUAUUUGUGGCUAUAGAGUGGCGUUUUGGUUGAGGUUUGUUGAUGGCUCCUCAGACUGCUGUGUAUUGCUAUCGUGCGCUCAUUGCUAAAGUUGGUAUAACUAGAGAAGCAAGCGGUCGGCACAUUCAUCUCUCGAGGGGGUGUCUAACUCAGUGUUAUGGUGUGUUUGACCUGAAAACAAUUUUACGCCCGAAUUUUCCUUUAACCUUUGACCUUUACAUAAGAGCCACCAUGAGGUUGGUAUUGUUUUUUUGUUUUUUUUUAAAAGAUGCUGAGUUUGACCCAUUUUUUGUCUGUUAACAUGGAGGAGGUGGAGUUCAUGACCUUUACUAGAGCCGGUCAGUAGAGGGGGGCACCAAACAUUAUGGCUUCAUAAAGAACUACAGAGUUAGUAUCUGCCAGAGCUGUUCUUUGUGUUUGCUGCUUUAGCUAACCAUAACUGCAUAAUAACUGUGAAAAAUCAGCAGAGAUACAGUAGUUUGUAAAGUCACCUGACUAGUGUAAGCACUAUCAGAUUUAAAUUUUCAAAUAUCUAGAUCCAAACCUGCUGGAAACCCAGAAAAGUCACAGACAUCGAUUUGUCCUCAGGCCGUGAGAUAUUUUAGUCUCUGAAAAUACUAUGCAGAUUUGUGCAGAAGGAAACGAAUUAGAGAAAUGUUUUCCAAUUGCAGAAGUUAGUUGUGAACAAGAAGCAGGGACCACAGAGCUGCACUCUUGGGGCUGCGGCCUUCACACUCUACAAGUGCUGAAACGAAAAAAAGCUGACCUUUGCGAGGCGGGCGGGUGUUAAAGAUGAAGACAGUAAAGAGCUAGAAUUUCUCCAAAGGAUUAACUGUACAUGAAGUAUCUAUAGCAUGGACAGCAGGCAUGCAUGUACAAGGAUCGGGGUGGAAGUGCAUGUAGUGUGUUCUGAGGCGCAGACAUUCCUGCUGUUCAGCAGGUGAAAAAUGUGUUUAUGCAGAGUAACUUCACAGAGGGAGCGCCACGUUGACCUAGUGGAUGUCUCCAGACUUUAGCAGAUACCUUUUCCUUCAUCACAGCUUACACUUCACCACUUCAAAUCAUACCAGAAGAGAGUCCUUAACGCCUUUAAGGCACAAAUGUCCAAUUUUUGAACAAUCAAAGCAGAUAAAGUUACCAUUUUGGGUUUUCACUGCAGAUUUUAUUUUCUUCUGCAUUCAUUUUUGAAGGUUCAGCAGCUUUUUCUCCUUCUUUGACUCACAGAUGUUUGAGCUAGUUACGGACGGACAGGGCUUGGUCAAUUAUGGACACAGCUUUCUUUGUCACUCCAUCCCAGAGGUUGUUCAGUGGAGAGAUGUUUUAAAAAUCUGGUCUGGCGCCACUUGUCCGAGCAAUCUUCCAACCUUGGCUGUGGAUAAUGACCCUCAGCUGUUGAAAGUGGAAACUCUGCAGGGAGAUGGUACUUUCAGUCCCAGCGGCCGGCUUAGAGCUAAGACAGACGGCACGCCUGGCCUGUCGUGGAAUACCGCUCCCAAGCAUCACCGCUCUGCCUGCCUGCAGACCAACACUCAGGUUAAAACCUUUCACUGACAUUUGCGGUGUGUACUUUUUUAAAAAGAGUCCUCAACACUCACCAUGAGGGGUCUUGUUUAAGUGACACUUGCUUCCCUCAGAGGAAUUCAUUGAGUGAUUUCCCCUCCUCUUCAGUUCACACAUUAUCGUACUCAUGUCAAACAGGGUCGGGCUUUGAAGGAUUUCUCAGGGGCGGAAAUGUCCUGUGAAUAGAACAGAUAGAGGGAGCAUUUCAGAUUCCUUCCAAUCUGUUUUUUCCUCUUCUUUUGUGUGACUCCUCUUCUACAUGUGUGACUUUUUGAAGACCACAAUCAAGAGAUGUUCACACUGACAUCUGAUGACACCGUUGUUUUUGUAACCCUUGUAUAGAUGACUGAAUUAAUCAUAACUCGGCAUCAAACCAACUGUGCAAAAAAAACCUCCCUUUUAUUAGAAACAUCUGUUUAAUCCAGUUCAAUCCGGAUCAGGUGCUCAACAGCCAACACUGUGUAUUAGUUGUUAAAACAUUGAUAUUUUACACUAUGAUUUUCUCAACAUGACUGCAUAGUAGUGCAGUUCUUCCCAUCAUUUGUGCCUCCAGUUUGAGAGCGUUAAAGAUACGGACUUGUGCGGUUCAAGUUCACAUCAGUUCAGUUGUUUUUGAGUGAGGCGACUUAGCUUACAGUCUCCAGUGGAGCUGGUUGCUAAUGUGAUUGUAGAGCUGUGUAAGCAGAGGACAGGGCGUGCCUUAGAGAGAGAGAGCAAACUGGCUCAACAAUCCCACACUGAUGUAACUAAGAAAAUGUUUAAGAUGUUAGAAGAGUCGUCUUGAACAGAGCAUGAGAAGUGUAAACUGCGGUUUUACGACAGUAUGACAUUGUGUAUCUCGAUGUUCAAGGACAGCCUUUAUCUGGGAAUCCUCUUUUCCACUCUUCUUCUCUUUCCUCCUCUUCCUCUCGUUGUUGGCUUGGCUAUUCUUAGCCCACUAGACACCAUGAUGAUAGUGGACACACUGGACAGCCUCUCACAGCCACCCUGAAAUCUCUGUGUGGACAGUUACAUCUCAAACAUAUGAAAUGCCUGCCAGUUUUUAUCUGUUUCCUCUCCGUGUUUCCUCUGCGUGUCUUCUUCACACUCUUAAAAAAACAGCGUGACUUUGUCGCAUCAGAGGAUCUGCAGAGUAAACUCUGGUGUAUUUGUGUGCUUCACCAAAUACUAAUCAUCAUCGCUCUUUUGUCUCGUACUUGACUCAGUGUUCCUCUGCUCUCUGUCUUUUGUUAACUCUCAUCUCCCCCUCGCUCACAGACUGUUUGCCAGGUCUGCCAACACACUCAUCCUCUGCUCUCUGUGGUCCGUUAAUGAGGGGUCGCUGACUGACUGAGGGGAUUGUUUUAUGAUUGUGAGCAGCAAGAAUCUAGCACAAAAAAGCAGCAGGAGAGGCUGCAAGUUUUGUUUGGCUCUGACAUUAUUAUUGCUGGACUGAUGAUAAAGCCACAGAGACUCUGGACAUUGACUUAACUGGGCAUCAGAGCCUCUCAGUGGGUCAGUAAUGAGUGAAAUUACACUGUGGUUGAUCUAAACUCUAAGGCCCGUGUUGGAUUGUUAUUUCUCAAGACUAAAGGGAUGCAAAAACCACUUAUCCACAGGCCGUAGUUCCCAUAAAGUGAUCUCAGUGAAGACCGAAACAAUAAUCCGCUGAAGGAUGGUCUCCAAACCACACCUCUGUUGUGAAAUAUUCAGAGUUGUGGGAUUGUUUCAGUGAGCUGAUGCUCCAAAGAUGGCUAGAAAUUUGGCAGGAAAGGUUGCUGGAGUGGGAGGACAGCAACUCUGUCCACACAGCAGGCCUGUCUGAUUGUUCUCUGUGUGUAUGGGAAACAGGAAGUGAAGGACUUCACCUCAAUAUUUCAUCUAGUUUCGAGACAAGACUUCCGCCCUGACAUCUGUCCUCACCCCUAGAGUUUCCUGUUAUAAACUGUAAAAAGCUUCAUAAGGGAUUUUUUUAACACCUUAUAGACAAUGAAACUAAUAAACUCUUUUUUUUCUUUUGCGUUUACAGCGGGCAGUUUGCAAUUGUCAAACGCUGCAAAGAAAAAAGUACAGGCGUCGAGUACGCAGCCAAGUUCAUCAAGAAGCGGCAGAGUCGAGCCAGCAGACGAGGAGUGAAGAGGGAGGAGAUUGAGAGGGAGGUGAACAUCCUACAGCAGAUCCAGCACCCCAACAUCGUAGCACUACAUGAUGUGUUUGAGAACCGCACAGAUGUGGUGCUCAUCCUCGAACUGUGAGUCACUGCAUGAUAAAACAAUUUCAAAACAAUUUUUACAUUUUAAAUUAAUCCAAUUUUAUUUCCUGUAACAUCUUCUACAUCCUGACUUAUGAGCUUCUUUUGAGCACAUAUACUGUUUGUUAAACCUGUGUCCGCUGAAAACCCUUUACCAGACUCACGGGUGCCCAAAAGAAUCAAAACUGCUCUCACAUGGUCAAUUAAGCUUGUGUUGGAAAGGGGCCUCAUCCUGGGUCGACGGAGUGCCUGGGAACAUGUAGGGCACAAUUAGGACUAAAUAGAAGCUCAAAGCAGGGCUGAACUAACCACUGAGCAGUUCCUGUUAUUUGCAGAAUCACACACACUGUGCAUCAUGAAGUCCAUAAUGUUUUCUUUGUGUGAAUUUAUAAGAACAUAAUGGUUAUUCAUCACAUUCACCCUGCGCUCAUUUUUACCCAGUAUGGAGAGCUCAGAGGAUUUUUCUGUACUGUUUUAAGUUUUACCUUAAAAAAUAUAUAAACAUCUUCUGAGUUUCUUGGAAUGAGCAACUGAAUACACAGUUGGAAGUAAAAUAUUGGGAGACAAGAGACAACAACAAAGCUCACUCAAGCCAAUGUUCAUGAGCAACCUCAUUCAUGCCUACUGAGCAUUUUUUGUAUAAAAGAGGUCUAAUAGAUGUCUAGAUGUAGUCUAGACGACUGGUCUAAAAUCAGACUACCACAGGUCUAAAAAUAAAAGUUUUUUAGAUGCCUAAAUUUAGACCAAGUUUAGACCAAGUCUAAAUCUGGGCUAUAGCUAUACUACACUGUAUACUGCUCAUUGGCUGUCAUAAUUAUUUUAGUUAAGUACUUGCCUUUUGAAAUAAAAAGAUAUCGAAUAAUGGGUUAAAGUGCAACAUCUAAAUUCCGUCUAAAAAUAUACAGAAUCUAGACAUUUAAAAUUAGGUCUAAAAAAAACUGAACUGGAUGUCUAAUAGCCGUCUAUUGCUCAGUGGGUGAUAGUCUGAGUCCACAGGAUGGGUCUUUCAGUAUAUGUGUAUGUACAGUACGUGUAAGUGCUCUUCUGUUUGUGUGUUGUAGGGUUUCUGGAGGAGAGCUGUUUGAUUUCUUGGCUCAGAAAGAGUCUCUCAGCGAAGAGGAGGCAACUCAGUUUAUCAAACAAAUCUUAGAUGGCGUCCAGUAUCUCCACUCGAAGAGAAUCAUACAUUUUGAUCUAAAGGUACAUUCUGAAAUUAUCUUGAUGUAUUUAUAUAUUUGUGGCUGAGUGUGUUUGUGUGCGUGUAUAUAUAUAUAUAUAUGUGUAUAUUCUGUUAUCUUACUGGCAGGUGUCUGAUGGACGUGCUGCUAGAAACUGAAGCACAUGUUCUUCCUGUUUUUUGUGGCUGAGAUCCAGACUCUCAGAUUCAGACACCACAAGGUUAUCAGUUCGUUUUCAGAGAGCAGAGUCGCUCCUCACUGAGCGUCAUUGUCCUGUUUGUCUGUAGCUCUUCUACAUUCUUGUAGCCUUUUGUGAUGCAGUGAAGAACUUCAUUCUGACCCUGAGUUUGCACUGACGGAUGUGCACACUCAUUUGCUCUGAAUGUUUUUUGUUCAAGCAGAUUAACUGGGGAAAAUGUGGCCGUGUGUUUGAGUUUCAGAUUUAGUGACCUUUGGUACUGUUUGAUCAGGAUCAGGCAAACACAGGGAGGUCUUACAUCUGCAAGCCUGCUGAAUUAUGUGAAGCAGCUUUUGGAUUUGGAUUAUAUUCUUCUUUUUCUUGCACUGAGACACAUGAAAUGAUUGCUAUCACUAAACUUUCUUUCUCAGUGCUAAUUGAAAGAUAAUAUUCAAAGGGAAUGUUUACAAUGUCAAUUUUAAGGGCUGUAAGAAAAGUUUCAACCAUAAAAGUUGCUGCCUAACAUGGGGAUAUUUGUAGAAUUUUUACAAGGAGAUCCGUUUUAAGUUAUUCAUUAACUAUUAAACUAAGUUAAACCACCAACUUCUUGUACUUUCCUCUGAUUGGCUGAGAAAUUCUUCAGAAAAAUAGAGUUUUCUCAUUCUCAUUAUGCAUUAGGUAAAGACUGGUGAACUAGAUUUUCUAAAUGAACAGGUGUGUCUGUAACUGUUGCAUGUUUUUCUCUAAUGCUUACGAAAAAAGGCAGCUUUCCCAGGUAAAUGGCAUCACAAGGAUUAUUAAUUUACCACCUAAUCUUGGUAUCUGGGUUAACAUAUUGAUAAGUGAGCCUCUCUCUUUUGUCCUUUUUUGCACUUCAGCCUGAAAACAUCAUGUUGCUGGACAGAAAUGUUGCUCUGCCCCGCAUCAAACUCAUAGACUUUGGACUGGCACACAAAAUAGAAGCUGGGGAGGAUUUUAAAAACAUUUUUGGCACCCCUGAAUUUGUUGGUGAGUGUUUCUUGUAUUCGGCAUGUUUGGGUCAUUUUAUAGGAAGGCCUUCAAGUGUUUGAUUCAGAAGUGUGUGUUUUCUAUUUACAGCUCCAGAGAUAGUCAACUAUGAGCCUCUGGGACUGGAGGCGGAUAUGUGGUAAGAGUCUGUAAUCACCUCUGACUUCUGUAAAAUAGGCUUCAGUGCACAUUCAGAUGAACUAUAUGCUGUAUUUUCACAGGAGCAUUGGAGUCAUCACUUAUAUACUGUAAGUUCAAGAGAAUCUCAAUAAUAUACUGAGUUUUUAACAAUUUUAAAGAGAUUAUCAGGGAGCGUCAAAGUGAACAUGCAAAUAUCUUCUCAGGUUGAGUGGCGCGUCACCUUUCCUCGGCGACUCAAAGCAGGAAACGCUGGGAAACAUCUCAGCCAUGAACUACCAAUUUGACGAGGAGCUCUUUUGCAAGACGAGUGAGCUGGCCAAGAGCUUCAUCAGACAGCUCCUUGAGAAGGAUAAAAGGUAAAAUAACCAUCAGAAAAAGGUCAAAGGUCGAGUCUGACAUUAGUAAUAGAACAAUCCCAGAAGCAGAGCGUGUGUUUCAGCGAAGCCAGGACACAUUAGAUCCACAGAAAUCUAGAUUUAGAGGACUUAAAGGGAUAUUCUGGCGUAAAAUUAAUUUAUGGUCAAACACACUGUAACAUUACGGAAUACAGCGGGGUGACGCAGUUCAAGGAAGAACAUUUAUGAUCAUUACUUUAUCAUUUCCUUGAAGUAAUAAUCACCAUAUUCAUCAUUUUGCACUGCAGACGCUAUAGUUCUUCUGCCUUAGUGUCUUAGUCUGAUUGCAUUUCCAUGAAGAAAUUAUCAUAAAUGUUCUUCCUUGAGCUGCGUCACCCGCUGUAGUCUGUAAUGGACUGGCCUGAAGUCUCACUACAAACAAGUGGCUGCUGGAAGAGAGUAGGUGAGUUGUGUUUAGUCUCUUUGCUAAAGAAAUUAGGCAAAGUUAAAAAGAUGUUUGGUGGCUGGGACCCUAUAUGUACUGUUGAUGAAGUUAGGUGCUGUUCUGAGCAUUAUUUGUGGCUAUAGGGAGGUUUGUUUAUGGCUCCUCAGACCGCUGUGUGUUGCUAUCGUGCGGUCUUUACUAAAGUUGGAAAAACUAGAGAAGCAAGCAGUCGGCAACAUUUAGCUCUAGAGGGGGUGUCUAACUUGGUGUUACAGUGUGUUUGACUGUAAAUUAAUUUUACGCUGGAAUAUCCCAUAAACAUUAUUUAUGCUGUAAAAUAAAAAUGUCAGGCUUACAGACACGUGCAAUACUUUCCUUUCUUUGUUCAAUGUGAUUUUGAUUUGACCUGACAUAUGUUUCUAGUUUAAUACACCUCUGGGAAACUGAAUAUUUCUGCAAAAGUCAACUCUGCUCUCCUCCUGGGAGGCUAACACUGUAAUGUGUGACUGCUCACCACAAUGCCUUAUGUCUGACAGAGUCAACUGAAUGUAUUGACUCAGCUGCAUUUUCCUUAUCUCAUCAUUUUAGAAAACGAAUGACCAUUCAGGACGCCCUGGGCCAUCACUGGAUAAAGGUAUGCACUAGAUUUAUUGGCGUUGUAGCAUGUCUUUGUACUCUCCAUAACAGCAACCAUCACUUGCUACAUGUGAAAUAACAUUUAACAGUUAUUGUCAAAGGUAUUAAACAGAUAACAGUGAGCUUUCCUGUCAGAGGAAAAGCUGGGUUAAAAAUGCAAAACAAAAACACCCUCGAACUUUUUACAUAAAAUCAGAUUUUUUUUUUUUAAAACACACGUUGUCACAAUAUCUGUAUGUUGUUUUCACAAAUGUACCACACCCCCACUCUGGGAAUAUUAUUUCCCACCCUUGACCCAUGAAGACACGGAGCUCCAAACACAUUUUUUUCAGUCUUAUGUAAUAAUUUCGUCAUGGAACCGAAGCAAGAUUCACUAAUUGUGUUUUUAACAAUCUGCAAUGUUGAAGAAGUCCGCUCCAACAUUAGCCGCUGACAUGCAUGUGAAUGGUGUUUUUGCUGUGGAGUCUUCAUCCUGUUUGGAUUCAAGCAUGAGGCCAGGAAACAUAACACACUCAACAGGAAUGUCCCGUUGUAUUUUUGGCGCCUUUACCUGCCAUGGCUUCUCUGCUGUAGGGUCACACACUAAUCCUACAGAUCCGCCACAUGUGCUGGGAUAUUCCCAGCUGUGUGUGUGUGUUUUCAAGAUGCAACAAUGAGAUACCCUCUCACGCAGUGUCCCCCCAUCCUUCUGUCUGAAGUCCUGUGGUCGCACGGUGGAGGAAAGUGCUGUUCCUGAGGCCGAGAAGAAAACAGAGCAGUUGAAGACAAAGCGUUUAAAGGAGUACACCAUCCAGAGCCACUCCAGUGUGUCCCAGAACAACACAUAUGCCAACUUUGAGCGUUUUGCUUGUGUGGUGGAGGAUGUCAGCCUGAUGGAGACCAGGCUGUCAGAGGUGGCAGGAGCCAGGCACAACCUACAGGACGACAUAGAAGCGUUACUCUCCAUCUACAAUGACAAGGAGGCCUGGUACAAGGAGGAGAGCGAGUCUGCAAGAAAGCAGCUGUCACAAGUCCGAUACGAAUUUCGUAAAGCGGAGGCCACAAGGAGGCUGCUGCAAGACGACAUCAAGGCUGUAGACGUCAGUCUGGAGGCGAUCAAUGGAAAGUACAGUCAGAGGCAGAAUCAGCUGGAUGCUCUGAGACAGGAGUUAAACUCUGAGCUGCAGUGGCUGCAGGAGGUGAUGGGCUCUUUUUACACUGAAGGAGGCAAUGACAGUAUCCACUGCAGUAGCCUGAAUACAAACACAAGGCAGGCACUGAAGGAGCUGCUGAACUCAUCCUGCAGGGGAGAACCGUGCCGCGAUGCCAAACCGACUCUAACAGAGUCCAACUAAUGAGACUUUUUUUAUUCAUCUUUAAAAUCGGGACGCUUUUUUUCCCUCUUAGAACAAGGAAAAAACAUCAGCAACACAAAUUUUAGAUGUACUGCUGAGUAGUCUGUAGCUUUUCUUUAAAUGUUUUUUAUCUUUCAACCUCAGAUUAUUUUAGUCAAAGAACUGACAAAAGCUUUUUUGUUUUGGUUUUUAGGAAGAACUAAUAGUUAUCCUUCUGCCAAGAGUUACAUUUUUACCAGCUUCAUUUCUUUAUACGGUUAAUAGAAUGACCAGCAGGAGACAAUUAGCUUGUCUUGGCAGGAAACCAGGGGAAACAGCUGGUAUGAGCUCAUCCUUACACUGGGAGGAUGACGCCUCUUUAACAGGUUUUAUCUUAUUGUCUACUCUGCACAACAGCUUCAGUGCACAAAUACUGGAUUGGGGUUUAAAAAGGGGCAGCAACAGCAACACAUUUGAGAAGUUUUAGUUAGACAUACAUAUAUUGUCAGCUCCUACCCAUAAAAUUAUUUCUGCAAGCUUCUAGUCCUAAACUAAGCUGAUUAAAUCUAACAGCCUCCAGAAUACUGCUUCAUAUUUUUAUGGGCGUCAGUGUGACAUCAUUUUUUUUCACCUGAACCCUCAAGAAAAGAACAAUUUGGCUGAAUUUAUUAAAAACUUCUUCUCUAAAUAAAAUUAUUUUGGUGCAAUAUUUUGAAGUAACACAAAUGGGCUGGUAUGUAAGAUUUCACCAACUCCAACUGUGAGGUUUCAGAUUGUAAAGGUGGUGAAGGGGAAGGUUGAUACUGACAUAAUGGAAGCACAAUAUUAUCAUGGUCCUAUCAUUGAAAUUUACUAUAGUUUAUUAUGCACUGUUGUUUGUGAACCUUUAUUUUUAAAAGUAAUUUUAAUGAAGUUAAAUAUUGAGGAUAUGUACACUUACUGUGUUCUGAUGUUAAAAAAAGACCCCAGAUUUCUUUUUCAUUGGUCAGAAUGUGUAAGAAUUUCAAUUUUUUUUUAUUGAUUUAGCUUUUUUCAUUCCAUGUUUUUUAAGACUUUUUUUUAAUGUUUUAUUUUGCAAAGAUAACCCAUUUAUAAAGACACAUGUAGUCACUUUUUUUUCAAAUAUAUUUUCAUAGAUUGUCAUUUGCACUUUUGAUGAAGGUUGAAUUUAUUUAUUUUUAAACCCUUUUUGUUUCUUUCUUGGAACUGUUAUAUAAGCUGACAGGAAAACAGCUCAAUAAGAUAAGAUCAGGUUUCAACGUGUGAAGAACUGCUACAGAAAGUCACGCCUCCUCUUAUUUUUUACUGUGGUUUAGACACUGAAAUAAAUACUUAUAAUUUCUGUCAUUUGCUGUUCUGCUUCAUGAUCUGAUAAAUCCAACACCUAAAUUUUUUCAAUAAAACAGAGACCAGGUCUUUGGUAUACUAUAACAUCUGACAGUCACAUAAAAAGUGUUGCCUCUGCUAUUUCAUUCCUCACUGUGUCUCUGCAGCCUCUGAACCCCAGACAGGCCAUGGUGAAGAGGUUGUCAGUGGUCAACUUGGAGAAUUUUAGGAGACAAUACGCCAGACGCAGGUGGAAGGUAAAGUGCACAGUUUGAGUCAUUUUCAGCUUUUUUUCUAUAAGGAUGUUUCUCUACAUUAAUAUUAUGUUUUAUUCUCUUCAACUACAGCUGUCAUUCAGAAUUGUUGCUUUGUGCAACCACCUAACACGGAUCAUGAAGAAAGGCCACAAGCUGCCCGAAGAGGACGGGGUGAGUGCUCUCUGUUGAAAAAAUAAAAUGAGUGAAGAUUUCCAGAAACAAUUCCACAGAGAAACUGUCCUCAUGACCAAAGAGAACCUCCCUGCAUAAUCACUCAUAUAGCCUGAAAUUUACAUGUUCACAUUUCAGUUUUUGCACAAAUGUAACAAACCUGAAGCAAAGUUUCUUGAGUGGACUUUGUCACUGGUGUUUUUUGAUGCCAGUCACCUAUUACCACACAGAAAAUAACCUUUUCUUCACUCAAACUUUCCAAAUCUUCUUUUGUACAGAGGGACUGUGAAAGCGACAGAGAGGAAGAGGAAAUCACGAAAAGGAGACCUAGGACCAGAAAGAGAAGCAGCACUUCCUGAGAGCCUCACAAGCGUCAAAGUCUGUCAGUCAGUGAUGCUGUAGUUGCGAAACAGUGACUCUGCACCUUUUUGAGACACACUUUGCAGCUGUUAAGUGCCAUAAGAAGUCAUCAACAGUGUCUCUAUUACUGAUGGUUAUAAACAGUGAUGUUUUCAGAGGACAAGGCAAAACCAGUGGAUCAUCAUCGUCAACUCUAAGUCAUCUGCAGAUCAUGUUAGAUGGAUUUCUGCCAAUAAUUAAACUUAAAGCCGCUCCUUUCUCUCAAGAGCAGACAUUUUAUUGUUGUUUACAGGAACUGAGAAACCACUCUUUGCAUGAACACAAGAAUGGCAGCUCCCUUCAUUAACUGCAGUCUUAAAGGUCCCUGUUGAACUGUUGUUCAAUAUCAAAAUGAUGACAGCGAGUUAGACGUUUUAUUAUUUGGCAUGCAGGCUGCUUGGUGAGACUUAUGAGAGAGAUAGUGUCCAAAGCAAUGACAGUUAAAAGUUCACAACAUGAUAGGAGGACUGGUUUGCAGCAGAUUGUCACAAUGAUGUGUUUACAUGUUGCUCUGCUUAAUAUGCAGCAUUCCUGUUGUGUGUUGGAAGCCCAAACCAUUCACACGAUUCAUUUUAAGAUAUUUUAAUUUUCUUACAAAAUACAAUGAGACCAUAAUUGCAUUUUAGAUUAAGUAUGGAUAAAGACAACUUAGAAAAUGAAUUAUAUACUGAGGACAUAAAGACACUUUACAGCUGACUUUCUUAUAGCAAUUUUUCAUCCUGAUGUAUUUUGAUGUCCUGAACUUAUGUUGUAAAUAUACAUGCAGAGUGUCUUAAUUUGAAUGUCUUUUAGCUCAUUAAAAUGAGCACUUUUUUUGGAUAUAUAUAUAUAACAUAUUUUUCUGCAUAAUUUUAUGAAUUAUGAAAUAAACUGUUAAAUUCAUACACAUGUGGUUUUCUUUGCUGGUUGUAAUAAAGUCAAAAUAAAUGGCUCUACCACAGUGUAAAAACUA